AUGGCGGCUGAGACAGUUAGUAGGGACAACAACAUGGUGGCCGAGACAGUUGGAAGGGACAACAACAUGGCGGCCGAGACAGUUGUGACGGACAACAACAUGGCGGUCGAGACAGUUGGUAGGGACAACAACAUGGCGGCCAAGGCAGUUGGUAGGGACAACAACAUGGCGGCCGAGACAGUCAGUAGGGACAACAACAUGGCGGCCCAGACAAAUGGUAGGGACAACAACAUGGCGGUCGAGACAGUUGGUAGCGACAACAACAUGGCGGUCGAGACAGUUGGUAGGGACAACAACAUGGCGGCCAAGGCAGUUGGUAGGGACAACAACAUGGCGGCCAAGGCAGUUGGUAGGGACAACAACAUGGCGGCCGAGACAGUUGGUGGGGACAACAACAUGGCGGCCGAGACAUUUGGUAGCGACAACAACAUGGCGGUCGAGACAGUUGGUACGGACAACAACAUGGCGGCCGAGACAGUUGGUAGGGACAACAACAUGGCGGCCGAGACAGUUGGUGGGGACAACAACAUGGCGGCCGAGACAUUUGGUACCGACAACAACAUGGCGGUCGAGACAGUUGGUACGGACAACAACAUGGCGGCCGAGACAGUUGGUAGGGACAACAACAUGGCGGCCGAGACAGUUGGUGGGGACAACAACAUGGCGGCCGAGGCAGUUGGUAGGGACAACAACAUGGCGGCCGAGACAGUUGGUAGGGACAACAACAUGGCGGCCAAGGCAGUUAGUAGGGACAACAACAUGGCAGACCAGACAGUUGUUGGUAGGGACAACAACAUGGCGGCCGAGACAGUUGGUGGGGACAACAACAUGGCGGCCGAGACAGUUGGAAGGGACAACAACAUGGCGGCCAAGGCAGUUAGUAGGGACAACAACAUGGCAGACCAGACAGUUGGUAAGGACAACAGCAUGGCAGGCUAG